GCAGAACCGGAUUCUCCAGGUGUGAAGUAAGCAAUUUGUUCUUCUCAGCAAAAGGACAACUUUAUCUCUAACUUAUCUGGCUUCAUAAUUUGGCUUUCAAUUAAGUUAAUGAUAUGAAAAUGUACAGAAAUUGCCUGUGAACUAUAAGAUAGAGACAAAUAAUUUGAUCAAAACGCUACAGAUGAUAGGUUUUCCUCUCACAGGCAGGACUCCAACACCGCAGGUGGAAAAGCAACAAAAGGAACAAGACAAAGGCACCGUUUUUACAUCCUCAACGGGGUCAUCACUGAAGAACAUCUUGCACAGCUCCAGUGAUGGCAGGCUUAUUAUCUCAUGAAGCAGUUCAUUCCAUCUCAGGACAGUUCUGCUUGCGUGAAGAGUCUUCUUUAUACCAGAGCAAACCUCUCUCCAUAUAAUUUCCACCUUUGGAGUUAGGCCAAGAAUAAAGGGAAGAUGAAGGAUCGACUUCAAGAACUAAAGCAAAGAACAAAGGAACUCGAACUCUCUAGAGACAGGCAUGAGUCAACUACAGAAGCAGAGGAACAAGGAAGGAUUCUGCAGCAAGCUGUUAUUUAUGAAAGAGAGCCUGUAGCCGAGAGACACCUACAUGAGAUCCAAAAACUUCAGGAGAGUAUUGACAGUUUGACAGACGAUGUUCAAAAAUUUGGGCAGCAACAGAAAAGUCUGUUGGCUUCAAUGAGAAGAUUUAGUCUCCUUAAGAGAGAGUCGGGCAUUACAAAAGAGAUUAAAAUCCAAGCAGAACACAUCAAGAGAGGUUUGGAUGAUUUGGUAAAAGAAGCAAAAAAAUCAGAGGCUGAAACUGGUCCAUCAUCAGUGGUCACAAGGAUACUUAAAUCUCAGCAUGCCGCAAUGUUCCACCACUUUCAGCAAACCAUGUUGAUAUACAAUGACACAAUAGCAGCAAAACAAGAGAAGUGCAAGACAUUUAUUUUCCGUCAGCUUGAAGUUGCUGGAAAGCAAGUGCCUGAAGAAGAAAUAAAUGAUAUGCUUCAUCAAGGAAAAUGGGAAGUUUUCAAUGAAAGCUUGCUUACAGAAAUCAAUAUCACUAAAGCACAACUCUCAGAGAUAGAACAGAGACACAAGGAACUUGUUAAUUUGGAGAAUCAAAUGAAGGAUUUAAGGGAGCUUUUCAUUCAUAUAUCUCUUUUAGUAGAAGAACAAGGAGAAAGCAUCAACAAUAUUGAAAUGACAGUGAAUGGUACAAAAGAGUAUGUAAACACUACUAAAGAGAAAUUUGGCCUAGCUGUGAAAUAUAAAAAAAGAAAUCUUUGCAGGGCACUGUGUUGUUGGUGUUGUCCAUGCUGUGGCUCAAAAUAAAGAACCUGUUUUAGAAAACUCUUCAGCUUUAGAAUGAAGGAUGCCCUGUAUUUCAGUAUCUUGUUUUUCUUCAUUUCACAGAUUCAUUCACAUACUUUCUUAUUAUUGUUAUAAUUUCCUCCUUUGGUCCUUACCCACUAGAAUUGCAUACACUUCCAAAGCCAGUGACAUAAAACGUCUUCAUUUACUAAACUAAAAACAUUAUGCUUAGCUGUUGAAAGUGAGGUGAAUGAUCUUGUUUCUACUCAGGUAUCAAUCUCUACCAUAUGUUUUUGUAAUUUCCAAUGUCUUUAGGAGAUGAACGUCAGUAAGUGACAACCAGUUAAACAUUCUUUUGGUUCAUUUCAGAAUAUUUUGGUAGGUAGGAAUUGUAUAAAAUAAGACCUCAAAGGAUACUAUAUUCAAGCAAAUUUAACAGCAGCUGUAUCAAAUCUUUUAUGUUCAGAUAUUGCAGAUAAUUCAGUGGUCAACUAAAUCUUGAUAAAAUCCAGCCAUGUACUUGAUGAAGACUCUAGUUGGUAACUGGGAGCUGAAUCUAGUUUAAAGCCUACGAAGGCAAAUUAAGGCACUGUUUCCCUGAACUUGGGUUCAUUCGGGACACCAUGUAACAUACAGAGCAGGAAGGUUGGGAAAUGAAGUAAAAAAUAAAGGUAUUCUCAAAAGUUUCUCCAUCACUUUUUUGUAAAGCCAGACACUACACUAGGGGCUAGGGAUAUAACUGGAACUCACAAAGGCAUAGAAAUCUGUAAUUCACACUCUAGUGGAGAAAACAGAUAACAAAUACAAAUAUCAGAUCAUGCUGUCUUGGUAAACUUAAAAUAAGGGUAUGGUGAGUUAGAGACUAUCACUACCAGAGUGGCAUCUUUGGGUUGGGCGGUAAGAAAGGUAAUAUUAAGUGAAAAUCUCAAUGAUGAGGACAAGGGAUGGUAUCUUCCAGGCAUAAGAUACAAACAGUAGAAAGACCCUGAGGAGGGUAAUUUACUCUGGUCAAAGAAAAAUGAAUAGUACAGCUAUAUCACAGUGGCUAAAAGAGCAGUAAGGGAACAAUGAAGUUAAGAAAGAUCAGCAGGGGCUACAGUUAAGAGUCACGUAAGUGUGAAAAUUACA